AAAUGUCUGGUUUGCGAGUUCUUGUUGGAGUUAAGCGAGUGGUCGACUAUGCUGUCAAGAUCCGAGUCGUUGGUGGAAAGGUCGAGACCGCUAAUGUCAAGCACUCCAUGAAUCCCUUUGACGAGAUUGCCAUUGAAGAAGCUGUCAGGCUCAAGGAAAAAAAGGUUGCUUCAGAAGUCAUUGCACUCACUGUCGGUCCAGCAAAGUCCCAGGAAACGCUUCGCACUGCUCUUGCCAUGGGUGCAGACAAGGCUAUUCAUAUCGAGACUGCUGAGGGUCAGGAUGUGCAACCACUUCAGGUCGCCAAGCUGUUCAAAGCUAUUAUUCAAAAGGAAUCUCCAGGUCUCGUUAUUCUUGGAAAACAGGCAAUUGAUGAUGAUGCGGGCCAAACAGGUCAACUUCUUGCUGGUCUUUUGAACUGGCCACAGGGUACAUUUGCAUCCAAAAUUGAGUUUACCGAUGCUGCCAAAAAGAUUCUCGUCACUCGAGAGAUUGACGGUGGUCUUGAAACCCUCAAGGCACCACUUCCUGCCAUUGUCACUGCCGAUCUAAGACUUAAUGAGCCACGAUAUGCCACACUUCCCAACAUCAUGAAGGCUAAAAAGAAGCCUCUUGAAAAGCUUACGCCCAGUGACCUUGGCGUCGAUCUGGCACCUUCAAUUGAGACCCUCAGCAUUGCUGAACCAGCCAAGCGUGCCGGUGGAAAGAAGGUCGAGAGUGUUGACGAGCUCAUCUCCAAACUCAAGAACGAGGCUGGUGUCAUUUAAAUUCUUAUUGCUCCUGUCACAAGACUAAACUUUCGUAACUCUUUGUUU